GAUGAAAAAGAAGAACUCUUAUCUCGAAUAAUGCUCGAUCUGUCGAUAUAUUCAUUCUCGCGAGAUACGUAAGAUUUUUCGAGUAGCAUCUCGGAAGGCAAAGAGUUAAAAAGUCAAACGAUCAGGAUGGACUACCAUUUUUCAUGUUUCAUGUUUUGCUUCUUCUGACGAGGAGACAUGUUGGGUGUCAUCCAAGAAAUGGCGAAUACGAUGCGCCGGAAUACGAUUUUUUUUCUUUAAGUGCUGUUGACUGGACUGAUCACGAACACAGAGUGAAGGAAAGCAAAAAGGAAAAUUCAGUGUAUUACUCCGCAUAUAUUUUUAAAAUAAUAUAAGAAAAAUCGGAAGUCAAAUAUUAACAUUGUGAGUAAGCAAUAAAAGCUAUGAAUAAUCGGAUGACGUCAUUGCAUGGAAAGAAAAAACAUUCGAUCGAUCUGACAGAAGGAAAUCAGCGAUGCUUUUCUUUCUCUGUAUAUUGUUUGGAAUGUUUCAAUUUGCAUUACUGCUCGUGUUAACCGGUUUCUUGCUAUCUCUUGCGAUUGUUUCGCGUCUAAUGGAGGUUGCCAUUACUCUGAUAUAUCCUACCAGUAUCUUCUUAGUACAGCAGUUAGUAAAAUUAUUCGUUUUAAUAACGAGCCUAUCAGCAAGGAUGACUGGAUAUGUUGGGUGCAAAACCCUCAGCAAAAUUUGUGAUGUUCAUAAGGAGGAAACGGAAGUUCUCGAUAUUAAUUUGAGAGCACCCGUAAUACCGUACGAAAGAAUUGUUUACCCUCAGGCGGAUCAUCCCUACGCGAAGCCAUUAGUGUUGAAUCUCAACGACGAUAAAGAAGUUGCAUUAACAAAUGAGGGACCAAGCGAAGCAGAUGAAAUUAUAGUGAAAUUAGAGGAUGAAGAUAUUUCUAAUUCCAAUAAUAUUGGUACAAAAGAAGAUGAUAACUGA